UGUGAAUAGAAAUAAGGUUACUUCACGACAAUUUUAUUAUUCCCAUUGCGAUCAGUUUUUAAACGGAAAAUGGAACACCAAGAACAUAUCCCACUUACAAAUGUGCAUGAAAGAAAGAAUAUUCUGCUUGUUCUUACCAACACGAUGGCCGAGAACUCUAAACUGGCCCCCGACGUAGAUCUUCAUCGUAUAGCUCGCAUGACGGAAGGUUUUUCAGCAGCGUACCUAGAGGCUCUGGUGAGAGCUGCGGUCUCCCAUGCCCUCUGGAGGCACAUCAAGUUUGAUGGUCAAAAAAUGACCGCCGAUCCGGAGGCCGGUGAAAACAUCAAGGUGACGCAGGCAGACUUCUACGAUGCACUCGAGAAAGAUGUGAAACCGAAUGAAGUUCAUUGCCGCCGGCGGUAACGCCCAUGGCU